CGUGACGAAGGUGGGCGGGGCGGCAACGUUCAUAUCCCAGCAUCCUUUGUUCCUACUUCCUUUUUGUCCUUUUCCGGUGCUCAAGAUGUCGAAGCGAGGACGUGGUGGGUCCUCUGGUGCGAAAUUCCGGAUUUCUCUGGGCCUUCCGGUAGGAGCCGUAAUCAACUGUGCUGACAAUACAGGAGCCAAAAAUUUGUAUAUUAUCUCUGUGAAGGGGAUAAAGGGAAGACUGAACAGACUUCCUGCUGCUGGUGUGGGUGACAUGGUGAUGGCCACAGUCAAGAAGGGCAAACCAGAGCUCAGAAAGAAAGUACAUCCAGCGGUGGUAAUUCGACAACGAAAGUCAUACCGGAGAAAAGAUGGCGUGUUUCUUUAUUUUGAAGAUAACGCAGGGGUCAUCGUAAACAAUAAAGGCGAAAUGAAAGGUUCUGCCAUCACAGGACCAGUUGCAAAGGAGUGUGCAGAUUUGUGGCCCAGGAUUGCAUCCAAUGCUGGCAGCAUUGCAUGAUUCUUUGGCGUAUUUGUAAAAAAAUAAAAAUUAUUUGUUCCCGUC